AUGAGCUCCAUCGGCACGGGUUAUGAUCUAGCCGCCUCCACGUUUUCACCCGAUGGACGCAUAUUUCAAAUUGAGUAUGCACAGAAGGCAGUGGAUAACAGCGGCACCAUGAUCGCACUACGAGGCAAAAAUGGUGUGGUCACCGCUGUUGAUAAAGUGAUAACGUCGAAGAUGUAUGAAGAGAACGCAAACCCUCGUAUGUUCAGCGCUAACGAAGAUAUAGGAAUCGCCUUGGCAGGAGUUUAUCCCGAUUGCAGAGCUCUGAAAGAUUACGCAUGCAAUGAGGCUGUUAAAUACCUCAAAGACUAUCGACAACCAAUGCCAAUUCAGAAGCUCGCCAACGCUCUAGCUGAGUACGUCCAUGUUUUCACGCUCGGAAUCAGUCGACCAUUUGGAGCAGCUGCGUUUUUCACAUCAUGGAAUCAGAAGGAUGGUGGAAAAUUGUUCUUAGUGGAACCCUCUGGACUUUGCUAUGAGUACAAGGCGUGGGCUGUAGGAAAACACAGACAGGCCGCUAAGUUGGAAGAGUACGAUAUGAAGGACUUAGUGAAAGAAGCUGCACGGAUCAUCAUGGCUAUCCGCGAUGAGAACAAGGAUAAGGACGUCCAAAUAGAGUUAGGAUGGGUGGGAGAACACACCGAGGGCAAACAUCAGACGGUACCGAACGAUGUUGUAAGUGCGGCUGAGGAAUGGGCUCAUGCGAAACUUGAUGAGGAUGAUAUGGAUGAAUAG